CCGAUUCCGACAGCGACCACGUACAUUGUAUAUAUUGCACAAACUCGCUGCAUUAUCCUCUCUGGCAAUUGGUAUUAUUGUUAUUAUUAUAAUAAUAAUUAUAUUCGUUUCACAAAAACAAAUAACUCAAAUCCCAGGCAGGCAAUAAGUCAAAUAAUAAUAAAGGGAAGAUGAUGAUGCGCAGCAUGUCAAGCUCCGCCGCCCCACCGAGAGGCAUCGCCGCCGUGGUCGGCGUCGGUCCGAAGCUCGGCCGGUCAAUCGCCCGGAAGUUCGUCCACGAGGGCUACACCGUCGCGAUUCUCGCCCGGGACUUGGGCGCCCUGUCCAGAUUCGCCGACGAGAUCGCCAGGGAAGAGAAGGCCCAAGUGUUCGCCAUAAGGAUAGACUGUUCCGACACUCGGAGCAUACGAGAAGCGUUCGAGGGGGUCUUGUCCCUCGGAUUCGUAGAAGUUUUGGUUUACAAUGCCUACAAGACGGUGCCGAUCCCGUUGACGAAUUUCGUGGAUAUUAAGGUCGAGCAAUUCGAGAAAUCCAUGGCCAUUUCCUCCGUCGGGGCUUUCCACUGUGCUCAGCAGGUGUUGCCGGGCAUGGUUGAAAGGGGAAGAGGGACGAUUCUUUUCACAGGUUGCGCGGCUUCCCUUGCCGGAAUUGCUGGCUUUUCCGAACUAUGUUGUGGAAAAUUUGCAUUGCGUGCCUUAUCACAGUGCUUAGCUAGAGAGUUUCAACCUCAAGGGAUACACGUAGCUCACGUGAUCAUUGACGGCGUGGUCGGAACACCUCGAGGGGCAUCAUCAUCAUCAUCAUCAUUACUAUUAUCAUCAUCAUCAUCAUCAUGCUCACAACAGCAGAAAUGGGGGUUUAGAGAUAUGCAGCAGAGUGAAGGAGGAGUGGAAGACGGGUCAAUGGACCCGGACGAGUUGGCCCGCACAUACUGGCACUUGCACGUUCAAGACCGUUCCGCUUGGACCCAAGAGAUCGACCUCCGCUCCUUCAGAUCCACUUUCUAAUUUUACUCUCUCUUAAAUUCCCCCCCACCAAAUUUUUAUAUCCAGAUUCAUCUGUCCUGUUCCAUCCCCAAUUAUUCCAAAGUCACGUCACAGCUGUACUUUCUUCUUUUUCUUUUUCUUUUUUUUUUAUUUCUUUCUCUUCCAAAUUUUAUUAUGCUCGUAAUUUAUUUUUUUUAAAGUGUUUGGGUUUCUGUAUCUAAUUAAUUAAUUAAGGAAGAUUGUAAUAUAUAUAUUUCUCGGAAGAAUGAUGGCAAGGAGAGGGAUGAUGAGGGUGGGUAAUUAAUGAAGGUAAAUUUACCAUCAUGCCCUCUCAUAGGAAGGGUGAACAGUGAUUUACAAGGGACAUAAUGGUAAAAAAAUUUCGUAUACCUCACCCUACUCAUUGCCCUAACCUUAUCCUUGCUCUAUCAUUUUUCUUCUCAAAAUGUAUAUGGAGUAACCUUUUUUGGUUUCUUUACGGAUUAUAAUUGCUGUCACAGAUUGAUACGU